GUGCUAAGCUUGAGCAAGAAGGUAAUGCAAACCAAGUCUUCGAAGAAAGAAAAAAUUGGGUAGACGAAGAACCAUUCGACGUGAAAUUUGGAUACUCACAUUUCUAUUUGAUCCGAGUUUCAGUACCAAUUUUGUUAGAUUCCGGGAAAAUUCUGGGGAAAAAAAAGCCCUAGAAAGUUUUUCUCCGUUUCAUUAUCCAUGAGUCAGGAAAACAAACUGCUUCCGAGGCGGAUCAUCCUUGUACGGCACGGCGAAUCGGAAGGGAAUCUCGACACGGCGGCAUAUACGACGACGCCGGAUCACAAGAUCCAGUUAACGGAUUCCGGUCUGCUUCAGGCGCAGGAAGCCGGAGCCCGUCUCCACGCGUUGAUCUCCUCCAAUCCGUCUUCGCCGGAGUGGCGCGUGUACUUCUACGUUUCCCCGUACGAUCGGACGCGAUCUACGCUCCGGGAGAUUGGACGGUCGUUCUCGCGUCGCCGCGUGAUUGGUGUUCGCGAAGAAUGUCGAAUUAGGGAACAGGAUUUUGGGAAUUUCCAGGUUAAAGAGCGAAUGAGAGCGACGAAAAAGGUCAGGGAGAGGUUUGGCCGCUUUUUCUACCGGUUCCCGGAGGGAGAAUCCGCCGCCGACGUCUUCGAUCGCGUCUCCAGUUUUCUCGAGUCUCUAUGGAGAGACAUCGACAUGAACAGACUACACAUCAACCCGUCUCAUGAGCUAAACUUUGUGAUUGUCUCACACGGUUUAACAUCGCGUGUCUUUCUGAUGAAAUGGUUCAAGUGGACUGUGGAACAGUUUGAGGCACUAAACAAUCCUGGGAAUAGCGAGAUCAGAGUUAUGGAACUAGGACAAGGCGGUGAUUACAGCUUGGCGAUUCAUCACUCAGAGGAAGAGUUAGAGAAAUGGGGAUUGUCACCAGAGAUGAUUGCAGAUCAGAAAUGGCGUGUUCACGCACAUAAAGGCGAAUGGAAAGAAGAUUGUAAGUGGUAUUUUGGUGACUUUUUCGAUCAUUUGGCUGAUUCCGAUAAAGAAUGCGAGCAUGAGGCCAUUAAAGAAGAAGAAGAGGAAAAAAACGUAAACCUGCUAACGAAUUCAGAAGAUAACAACGAGGAGGAGUUAUGCAAUGGAAAAUGCUGCAGAUAAUUUUACAGAACAAAAGUAUACAUGAGAGGGAAGAAAACAUUUAAAAAGAAAAUUUAAUUUUGAAAAUUUGUACCAUUUACUGAUGAAGCUUUCUGGUUUCUUAGUUUGUAGCUUUUUGGUUUGUGGAAAAGUGUUGUAGAAACCUGUGUGUGAUCCACAGAUACACAUCGUGCUUAUAACACAGAAACAUUA